UGGUGUUGCAGGCCUUUAGUGGAACGCACUUAAUAUGUCAAACAUCUGACAAAUUUACUGUUUAAUGUUUAUUAUGCAAAUUGUGAAUUUUGAUCAAUUAAAUAAAUAUUACUAAUACAUUUAAAUGACUAAGUAUAACUUCAUAACAUGGAAUGUAUAAAAACUGGUAAAUCAGAGUACUGUUUAGGUUGUUUGUGCCAUAAUAAUGAUUUUAAUUUACGAAACUAUAAAUUACAAACGGAAACUCUCAAAACACUAUUUCAGGUUGAACGUAUAAAUUUUUGCUAUUUAUGUAAAAGUUUAAUUUGCAAAGCGGAGCAGUUCAUACAAAAUGUUCAAAGCAACCAGAUCUUUAUGGAAAAUUUUCAAAGUAUUACAGAUUCAACGAUUGAGACAGCACGGCUUGCAUCGACAAUUAUGCUGUCAGAGGUCAUUUUAGAUUCUAUUGAAUUGACGGAUAAUAACAAAGAUAUUGACGAACCAAUAUGUGUUAUAUAUGGUAAAUGUAAGAAUAAGAAUUUAAAUAUUAAGUCUGAAAUAAAGGAAGAAGAGAUUUUGGAACACAUUGAGGACGAUUUUGUUGAUGAUAAUGAAUAUCCAGAUUCCAAUGUGAAGGAGGAAGAUGAUUGCCCGUUAAAUACAUUAAUUAAGGCUGAAAAUAAUGAUUUAUCAAAAGAAAUCUGUGCAAGAAAACUUAGAAAAGAAUUGAAAAGAGGUAAAGUCAAAAAGAAAGCUCCCGGUUUUGUGCCCAAUAUAUGUUGCUCUAUUCUGCUACAAGUUUCCAAAAGUCUAGGCCCAAAUAUUCAAAAAAGAGAACUACACAUUUAUGCCUGA